AUGGAGGCGCCGUUGCACCAGCCGACACUGCCGCCGCAUCGCUUCGUCGACGCCGCGGCCGUCUCCGCGCAGGAGCAGCAGCAGCAGGAGGCGGCGCCGGCGCCGGCGAUGGCGGGCAGGGAGCAGUGCCCGCGGUGCGCGUCGAGGGAGACCAAGUUCUGCUACUACAACAACUACAACACGGCGCAGCCGCGGCACUUCUGCCGCGCCUGCCGCCGCUACUGGACGCUCGGCGGCUCGCUCCGGAACGUCCCCAUCGGCGGCUCCACCCGCAAGCGCCCCCGCCCCGCCCGCCCCACCCGCGCCGCCGUCGCCGCCGCCAUUGCCGCCGCGGCCUCCGGCCGCGGCGCCGCCGCUCCCCUGUUCGCCUCUUCCUCCUCCUCCUCCUCCUCCUCCCCCCAGCUGCAGCAGGCGGCCGGCGCUGCUGCGGCGGCGAACCAGCUGGUCCAGGAGGCGGUGGCCACUUGCGGCGGCGGCGGCGGCGGGUUUUUCGGGUCGCUGCUCGGGACGGCGCCGCUGCUGGAGGGGCGGCUCGGCUUCGACCUCGGCCUCGGGCAACCCGCCGAGCUGACGCUGGGCGAGCAGCUCGGCUUCGGGGCGAUGGCCCCCUCGCCGCCGCUGUUGUGGCCGGCGAGGAUCCUGCUGGAGAGCGACACGUGGACGAAGGCCGCCGCCGCGGCCAGCUUGUACUCCCCGGCCGCCGCGCUGUGGCAGGAGCUCGCCGCCGCGGCGCCGGUGGAACUAGCCGGCGGCCUGCGCCACAGCGGCGCCCCGCAGCUGAUGUGA